CGUUGCUAUGGCAGCCCCAUUCCCCAUCGCUCCGCCUGUCUCCUCCGGUCCUUCCACAAUGGUACAGCCAGCAUCAGCUGCACAAUGGUUCCCAGGCAGUGACAGAGCGUGAUUCAGCAACCAACCUCCUCUUUUAUUCCACUAUCAUCAGACAUUUUGCCUCCCCUUUUUCUUUUCUCCUCCAUUCUCUUUUAUGUAAUUAUUUAAAGGAGAACGUCGGAUCCAGCUGCCCACCAUUUUAUUUUUCUUUAGAUUAUUUUUAUAAGAAGCUCAUCUCUUCCUUGGCACCAUUUGGAAUGUGGCUUAACAAUACCACCUGACGUGCAGCUGGGGGAAGGUGGCUGGACAAGGACAGAGGCAGCACGGAAUGGGCUAGUAUUAGAAAGCUGUACCAGCAGCCGGCCAGACUCCAGUAUCAGCUAUGGCAACCCAUGCAUGAAGCUGAUGCCUCCAAACUAUUUCCUAUAGAUGAGGCAUAGCACAUGCUGUGGUUUCCUGACCCUGUUGUUCAGUUCAGAAAUGAAGUCAAACACUCAGAGAAGUAUACCUAAGAAGCCUGGCUUAUUGCUUGCACUGCCUUGGAAAGUACAUCUGUGAUUCAGGUUCUGAUGGUUUGGAUGAGACGAGCACUUUGCAAACAGACAUUGCAAGAGCAUCUAAGGACUCACAGAGCUGAGAUAGAAUUUGCUUGAGGGUGUCAUCUGUGUUUUUGUCAUUGAUGCCUCGUUGAAUGUGUCUGCUGCAACACAUAUAUAGGUAUUUAUGAGCCGCCAUUUGUUGUACUAUUGUGGUGAACCUACCCUGGAUGUGAAGAUUGCCUUUUGUCAGCUUGGGUUUCUGUCUUCCUUCCCAACCCCCUUCCCUUCUGCACAACAGGGAUUUGGGAAACAAGUGGAUGUGUCAUACAUUGCCAAGCAUUACAACAUGAGCAAAAGCAAAGUUGACAACCAGUUCUACAGCGUGGAAGUGGGUGACUCGACCUUCACUGUUCUCAAGCGCUACCAGAACUUGAAACCAAUUGGCUCUGGGGCUCAGGGAAUAGUUUGCGCUGCAUACGAUGCCAUCCUUGAGCGAAACGUUGCAAUCAAGAAACUAAGCCGACCAUUUCAGAAUCAAACCCACGCCAAACGUGCUUACAGAGAGCUGGUCCUCAUGAAGUGUGUGAAUCACAAAAAUAUUAUCAGUUUAUUAAAUGUCUUCACACCACAGAAAUCUCUAGAAGAGUUCCAGGAUGUUUAUCUGGUGAUGGAGCUGAUGGAUGCCAACCUGUGCCAGGUGAUUCAGAUGGAGCUAGACCAUGAGCGAAUGUCCUACCUGCUGUAUCAAAUGCUCUGUGGCAUCAAGCACCUGCACUCUGCGGGAAUUAUUCACAGGGAUUUGAAACCAAGUAACAUUGUGGUAAAAUCUGACUGCACGCUGAAGAUUUUGGAUUUUGGGCUGGCCAGAACUGCAGGCACCAGCUUCAUGAUGACGCCUUAUGUAGUGACUCGUUACUACAGAGCACCAGAGGUCAUCCUGGGAAUGGGCUACAAGGAGAACGUGGAUAUAUGGUCUGUGGGAUGCAUUAUGGGAGAAAUGGUUCGCCACAAAAUCCUCUUUCCAGGAAGGGAUUAUAUUGACCAGUGGAAUAAAGUCAUAGAGCAGUUGGGAACGCCCUGCCCAGAGUUCAUGAAGAAGCUACAGCCAACAGUGCGGAACUACGUGGAGAACCGGCCCAAGUACGCUGGCCUCACCUUCCCCAAACUGUUUCCUGAUUCUCUCUUCCCCGCUGACUCAGAACACAACAAACUCAAAGCCAGCCAAGCUCGGGACCUGCUGUCCAAAAUGCUGGUCAUUGAUCCAGCCAAGCGCAUAUCAGUGGAUGAGGCCCUGCAGCACCCAUACAUCAACGUCUGGUACGACCCCGCCGAGGUGGAGGCGCCGCCCCCCCAGAUCUAUGACAAACAACUGGACGAGCGGGAGCACACCAUUGAGGAGUGGAAAGAACUCAUCUACAAAGAAGUAAUGAAUUCUGAAGAAAAAACGAAAAAUGGCGUAGUAAAAGGACAGCCGUCUCCUUCAGGUGCAGCAGUGAACAGCAGCGAGAGCCUCCCCCCAUCCUCAUCGGCCAAUGACAUCUCCUCCAUGUCCACGGAUCAGACGCUGGCGUCCGACACGGACAGCAGCCUGGAAGCGUCGGCGGGGCCACUGGGGUGCUGCAGGUGACUAGCCGCCUGCCUGCGGAACCCCGCCUUCUUCAGGGGGUGAUAGCAUCCAGAGGGAAAGCAACAGAGCUAAGGGACGGAGGGAAAUAAAAUGCACAGAUUUAAACGAAACAAACAAAUCUUUUCCGCCUGCUUCUCCUACAGAGCUAUGUAAUGCAGCUCAGCUCAAGUGUGUAUGUAACUCAUAGUUGCUCUGCUUUGGUCUUCUUCCAAUGAUGCUUUCUGGGGUGGGGGAGGAAAAGGAUUCUUUAAAUCCUUUUUGGUUUUUUUCCACCCUUACAAGAUGCAAAAUUAAUGGCUGCAAAACCAGCGACCCACAGCUGUCCUCUCACGCUGGCAUGACAAGGUGCGCAGUGCCACUUCACAACACACCAGUGCGGAUCUGCCCUCACCCUGCUCUGUUGUCUCCUGCUCCCUGGGGCAGGUAUGGAUAUACAGUUAGGGAUAUACAGAUAGGGAUACACAUACAUUUUUUCCCCCACACAUGAAGAGCAUACACACACACCAGUAAAGUUCUGGCUGUGUGUGCAGCUGUAUGCCUAUAGGAAGACAUCAGUCUGCACACAUACUCAGUGCACCACACAACUACAUGGCCCAUUUCAGGUAAGCAGCAUACAUACAUGGGUGCUGUUACCCAUGUAUAUGUCAUGUCCUUGGUCAUGGAUGAGGCUGCACAGCUUGUGCAAUCAUUUGUGGAAGUGAAAAUAACCACACUGAGCUGUGGCUCCCUCAGACCCUUGAAGAUGUAGCACCAAUGUUUUUGCUGAUAUAUAUACUCAAAGGCAGUUUGUAUUGGAGGAUGGUGCUGCAGAGCUUCGCAUAAUGUCUGUGAAUAUUGGGAAGAGUUCUGAUUUUUGAGCAGAUACUCUCAGGUAAGAGCAAGUUGGAAGGAAGCACAUCAUGUAUUUUUGCAAGGCAUGGGGAGCAAGAAUGGAAAUUCUUUGUACAUAUGUAUGCUCAGAGAGGUUUGUAUUGUGAAGCAAGCUUCUCCUGUCCACAUUCAGUGAAUUAUCUUUCUUUAUUGAGAGACUCACUGCUGUGAGUUCCAGGUAUAUUUGUGUGUUAGGGGAUGUUAUAGGGCUUGGGGAACAGACAGACCGCAGUCAAAAGGACAUUCAGUGUUUAGUUUUGUAUGUCUUUGUUUUUACUGAAUUCAGCACUGGGAUAUCUACAUCCCUCCUCAGCAUGUUUGGGGCCAAGAGAUGGUUUCUCCUUUACGUCAUUCCUCUGCAGGGAUCUCCAUCACUGAGCAAAGACCACCCUUCCCUGGGUGUCCUUGGCCAUUCCUUUGCUUGUGACAAGCCAUCCAGCUCUCCAGAAGUGUUACCAGCUGUGUUACAUGGAAAAGGUGCGUAUAGUGGGUCCACAGAAGUGGAAUGCUUUUCCAAAAGUCAACAAGAAAAAUUGUUCAGAAUACUUUAUUGGAUACUUUAAAUUCACCGGUUAUGAAGUAUUACAAAUCCUUUUCCGCUCUUCUGGAAUAUAUUUGCUCUGUUGGGUGGCUCACACACCUGCUGUUCUGUUGUAGGAUAGGAAAACAAUUGGAGUAGCAGGUCAGAUUUUCUUCAAAGGGAAGAAAACAAGAAAUUAAUCUUCUCUCCAGGAUGCUGAGGAGGGAAGAUAAGAGUGCAUAUGAGGUAAUUUCAGACCUAGUAGCAGAUCUGUGCUGUAGUAGGACAAGAUGUGUUGGGUUUUUUUCCUCUAGGGAUAUUUUUGGUUGAUUUUGGAGAAAGAAAGCAAAAAUACAAUUAGGUCUAUGAUUUUCUAAAAAGUCAUAAGAGUAACUGUGAAAGCAAUAAUUUACCACUGCUAAAAUUGUUAGCAAUAUUCUUUCUUAAGCCAUGAAGCAUCAAGUUGUUGUUUGGUGAUGUAACGCUCACUUCAAUGCCAGUGAUCAUAAAAGUAAUCAAAGCAAACAGCAAUGCUCUGUAGGCAUGAAGGCAAUAACACCACAGUGACUUCUUAGCAAUAAUGAAAUGUCUCGCCUCCAGAUUUAAGUCAUCAUACCUAUAAAUAGUACUUAGAUAACCAGUACCUUUUCCCCAUUCCUUCAUUUGCACCGUUCCAGUGUGUUAUUUGACCCCUUGCCCCAAAGAAAAUGCUAAGAGGCAGGGCUGCAUGUAAGAGGAAGGGCAAAAAUUGAACAGAUGCAGAAUGUCAGCAUGAGGAAUAUGCUAUUCAUCACCAGCCGCGUUAUGGAGAUGUGACAGACACGAUAGCAGAAGGGCCACUUACAGUGGAUGCGUGCUUGCAGAUCUCCCAUGUUUUACUGAGUCCCCUAGCGUAAUUUGGUCUGGUUUGGGUUCAGGGGUGCUGGGCAUAUCCUGGGAAGCACAGGAUAUGUUCUGCAGAUGGGCAAUGAAUGAGCCCAUAGCAUAGAAUGUAUACAGCUGUGUUCCCAGCAGCCAAUUCUGCUAACAACAGUGCUGCACAAAUGUUCUGUGGCUACCGUAGGGAUGCCACAUGGGUAUCAAGUUUCACAACUAGCACGUGCUUCUGUCUUGUGUUUGGUAGUGCUCAACACAAGCGCGUGUUGAAGUGCCUUGCUGAAAUGGGCCCAUAACAAUGUCUGCCUUUGGUUUUGACAGUAAAUGAGUUCAUCUCCUCUUAAAGAAGCUCUGUUUGCGGGAGGAGACUUAGGGCUGUCCACAUUGGACACCAGAAAAAAGCCAUCGAUAACACAAAGCAAUAGUCUCUUUUGGUCUUGGUCCUCAUGUGACCCUGGCCGCACUGAGUGGUGGCUACCACAUAGGGUGUUUCCUCUGUGUCUGUGGCUUGUUGCUGUCAACUGUAUCCUACAGGAGAGUGUGUACCCUCCAAUGUGGAUGACACUGGUGACAAUCUGUAGCUAUACUAAGGUGCAGACAGGAUAUUCCUUUCAGAUCCUGGAAUUUGGAGGCCCUUCUCUUCAGGUCCUGCUCCUUACUAUCCCAAAGCUCUGUGCAAUGUGAUCAUAGCAGAUGUAUCUUUUUUCUUCCUUCACAGUGACCUUCCAAAUCUACCUCUUCCAUUACACAGUCAGUACAUAUGACUUGAGGAACAAUUUUCACCUCAUUCUCAAGUUUGCAGCAGUUGGUGUAAUUACAGAGACAUAAAGAAUUGGUAACAUGGAGGUGUAAUGGUGGAUUGUUCAAAGCAUUGGGGUAUUGAAAUGGCCAGCAGCCUCUUGGCAGGUGUGCAGCAAUGGCAGCUUGUUUUUCAGUCAGAGUUGCUCCUGAGAGACAUCCUUCCUUCCCUUUUCUUUUUACAGAUGAGUUUAACUGAGGAUAAAGCAUUGAUUUGCUUUGAGCUGAUAGAAGGUUGUGUGCAUUUUCAAUCCAGUGGUAGAUUUUGACAUCACUCGUCAGGUGCUCACUCAUCAGCCAGAAUAGUGUAUAUGUAUUCCAUCAGCAUAUAAUGUGAUUUCAGGUGUUUAUUUGGAUUGGUCACAAGCUGAAGUAUGUGAAUGAUGCUGUUGCUGGGAACCCACCCACACUAUUCAGAUUUCCACAGCAUGGAUACAUACAGGCAUUUAUGAUAUAUAAAGGAGAGCUCAAAAUGGGGUGAAAGCACGGUAACUUGUCAAAGAAAGAAAGAAAGAAUGAAACAUAAAGCCUGGUGAGUGCUUCCCUACAGCUCUACUGUUUAUCCUCUGGCACUGAUCAGUUCCAGCCUGAUGCUGGCUGGCCUCAGGAGAUCAUGCAAGCCAGGUGGUAAUGUUACUACAUCAUUCUUGUACUUUUAUAACAGAAUCUGAUCAUAGGUAUAUAUGUUCAUUUACAUAGCUUUCCUUUUCGGAUUUGGCCUAAUAAUCAUGAAGAGAUGAGAUCUGUCCGUGUGCCUCUAGGAAUCUCUAGGACUGUGUUCUUCUUUCCCCCAACUUAUUGGCUCAUGGAAAUAUGCCAGUAGUCAACAUUAGAACUGCCGAAGGGAGUCAGGCUGAGCAAAUUUCACCACCUGUGUAAAACGUAGUAAAAAUAUUUUAAUUCAGAAUAACCUUUAGAAGCCACUUGUCUGACAAAUGUAGCAGGAUUUUAUGUGAUCAGAAUUAAUAAUUCUAAUUUCAGAUCAGUUUCUUUUUAUGCUUACCAUUCUUUCAAAUUUUUGUGUGAAUUCAAGCUUACGGAAUAAUGAGGAUCUCUUUCCCCUGAAGUUUGUGAGAUGAAAACAAUGAAUUUCCCAGCAAAUUCUGUGUGCUUCUAGGGAGAGCACUAUAGAAGGAAACCUGCAGGGGAGAAUCAGCCUUUCCUUUUAGUACUCUAAAAAGGAAAGGCUGAGUGUUUUACUUGACCUGUAAGUUGUGUAUGUGUGUGAAAGAAAGAAGCAGUGUGCAUGCAGGUGAACAUUGGUGUUGCACUCAUAUUUGACCCAAAUUCUCACUGUGGAUAAAUAGUGUAAUUGUGACAAAGCAGCACAUCUUCAAGGAGCUGAGGUCUGUGCUUAUUGAACUUCCACCACCUCACAAGGACAUGAAGAAAGUUGUCUGACUGCGGGCUCACAGUGACCUUGUUCACACACAUACAUGCACACAGAAAGAAAAUCGCUGUGCACAAGGUUUGAAUAUUCCACAAGUAAGUAAUGUCUUAAUUAGGAAGAUGUUCGGGGGCGCAGGGCAAUAAUGAGCAUGUCACCUUCACUGAUGAGCUGGAAAAUAGAGCUGUCCAUAGAACCGAGUGCUGAACGUAUUCGCAACUUUGCCAGCGCAGCCAUUUUUUAAAUUAUUAUUCCUUUUAAUUUUUUAUUUUAUUUUUUAAUUAACAAUUGAUUGCAGGAAAUGAAUGGUUUAACUUCAUUUUUGUUCAGGAUCUUUGAAUAACAAGUUUGAGUACUAAAGAGGGUUUGAUUCGACAAAAGAAUGUUGAAAAACUCCACCUGAGGCUAUUGGUGCCUUCUUACCUGAGGGUGAAAAGCUGAAAAGCACAUACUGAAGGAGGACAGUCAUUUUGGGAAAUAAGUGUAUCCCUCCCAUGCUUGUCAUUUUGGACAGGUACGCCUGUCUCUUUACUAAUUUUCACUGAACGGGGCCAUUCCUGUCUACUGGAAAGCAAGGUAUUUAUGAUGUAUAUAGUUGUAUGGACAUUUCUUCUUCUGUAACUAAUAUGUAAUCAACACACGACUUCUGUUUGAUCUUUUACAAUAAGGCCACUGUAUGCCUCAACACGGUUGACCUCUGAGCUUUUCCUGUGUCAGCCACAUGCUGCAAAGGAGGGUGCUGGAGGGUUCAGUGUACAUAUAGAAACAUGUAUAGUUAGUAAAUGGAGUAAGUGGGACUUCUGGCCAGUAUGCGUUAAAGCCACAACAGUAACAGAGCUCCAGAUCUUAAUGAGCAAACCAACUGUUCACCUUGCCAUGUCCGUCCUGUAGCAAGACCUAAGCUGCACCUGCCUGUAGUUCUGCAUGAUCAGACUUUGGAGUAUAACCAACACGGUCUGUAAUGUAUCAAUGUUGAUAAACAUAGUUUUGAAAAGAAAAAAGAAAAAAGAAAAAAGAAAAAAAAGAGAAGAAGAAGAAGAAGAAAAAAAGCUAACUAAAAAAACUCAUCCAACAAAAGAAAAUCAACAACAGUUGAGAACCCAGACUGGGAGUGGAGAUGUGUCACAUUGUGAUAAAUGGUGAUGGCUGAAAGCAGUGUCAGCACCAAUGGACUGCAGUAGUGACACCUGUAAGGAUCCAGCUUUGUUUCUGUACUGUUCUGUUCUUACCCUGUUGUUUUUGACUGUCUGUUGUUCCCUGUGCAGAGUACAGGGGAGAAAUUUGCCUCUGUCAUCCCUGUUUUAUGGGUCAAUGUUGCAUCACUUAUUUCUGAUUUCUGUUCAUUUGGCAAUUACCAAACUACAAUGGGAACUUCAUUUUCCUUGUGUGUUGGAAGGAAUCUCGUCAGAGCUGCUCUCGAGGACACUUCUUACUGCUGCCCUGGCUCCUGUCGGCUGGAUGACUUUGCAGCAUUCCCAAUAAACAGCACAAUGCAGCAAACCAUAUUGAUUGAGGGCUCCGUUAAAUGUGCUGUGCAUCUGUACUCACUGGGGCUCAAAGUCACGCAGGGACAGGACUCGGUUAAACAUGGUAUGUACUCUAUGCAUGACGCCUAUAUUACACCUUUAUGACCUUAUAGGGGGAAAACUGCUGAGCUUUUCAGAUGUGGGUUCGGACUGUUUUAUUUCUGGAGCAAAGGUGUAUGAAUCUGGUUCCUAUGCCACACACCGCAUGCUCCUGCCCAGAGCAGCUCUUGGGGGCUGAGGCGGUGCAUGGGCUGCCCAGGGGCCAUGCACGGAGGUGAACCUCAUGCUGUCUGAAUGUUUCCUUGCCAAAAAAGCCUGUAUGUAUGCCAAGCAGGGGAGACCGUGGCUGUUCUAUAAGGAGUGUUUGUGUUGUUUACUUUACAACAAGCUUUGCUAAUUAAAAUAGUGUAUUCUGGAGUCCUAUGUGAAUGGCAUGAGGGUUGUCAAUGACAAAGAGGCAAAGUACGUUCACCUGCUGGUCCUGUUGCUGUAGUGCUUGCUAGAGGACUCAGCUGUAAACACACAGAAACUGUCAAGUUUGCAAAAUCCAGCUAGUUCUUUGGCUGAUGCAUUCCAUAGGCUUAACUCCUGUCAGUGUCCAUUCAUUUUAAAAGGCAUUUAGAAGGCUAAGGUUGUGUAAGGGCACCAAUCGGACUCUUUGAUUUCACACAGCUUAAGUUUAUUCCUUUGGUUCACAGCCUAAGAAUAUUGAAGAAUUUGCAAGGUGAUGGGACAGAAGGAAGGAAAGCUGCCAUCUAACAGCUGUUCCUUCUCCCAUCUCUGUCCCCCAUUAAAAAUAUGUAUGUAUAAAACUACACCAAGCAAAUGAAAGAAAGAAUGAAAAGAAACAACACACCAUUUGCAGUCAAUGUUUGGAGCUGAUUUUUCACACAGCUGUAGGCAUUUCACUCUGUUUCAAGUAAAAAGAACAGAACAGAGGUGCUGCCUUUUAGGGAAAAAAAUGGCUUUCCUCCCUUCUUGCACAAGAUCUCUGCUUCCUCCUAGUGAGUCAAACCACCAUACACAAAGCACGUUUCUAUGUGUGGGUUUAUCGUGACAUUCAAAAAACAGCAACAAAGGGGUCUGGGAAGGGCUAUGGGAAAAAAAAUGGGUUUAAGUACCUUGUAAGCAAUAUCAAGGGAGAAAUUCUCACAAGUCCAUAGUUAAGUGAUCUUCCAAGUUAACGUACAGAAAUGGUGCUCUUUCUCUAACUUGCUAAAACAGGAGAGCUUUCAAGGUUUAUUCUUCUCCCACUUUGUGUAUGCAGAGAUUGCCUAUACUAAAAUGCAGUACAAACCUCUGAGUGCGUGUGGCAAGGGAAAUUUGGAUUUGUGAUUCUUACUGCCAAAUGGGAGGGAUGGGGAGCCACUCAUUGUUUUUACUGGCCAAUAUUUGAGAAUCUUGAAGAUCUACCUUUUCUUGAGAAGUUUGCCCUUUUAAGGAUCUUUAGAACUUGUAUGGUUUCAGUGAUUUACACGUCAUUGAAUCCCUAUCUGAAGCUGUGAGUGUGAUUUCUUUUCAAAUAAACCCUGAGGCCAAAAUUCCACAAAA